AUGGAGUUCAUUAAAAAGAACCAGCAGUACAAGGAAGUUUCAUAUUCAGAGCGAGAGGAAGAGGAGUACUUGUCCAGCACCGAAGUCGAGUCCCAGCAUGGCGCCGACGAGAAACAAUCAACCAUCACAAAGACUGAGCGGCGGAGACGGUCAAGACCACGACGAUCGAGGACGAGUCUGUUCGUAGCGGAGUUCCGUCGCUUUCGCUGGCUUGUCGAUUUUGUACUCUUGAUUGUCAACAUUUCCUUGUCCGUGGUCCUCUUGCGGGGUUUCAAUCAGGAGAAUGCAACUAGCACGAUGCAGGUCGGAAGCAAUUUCGACGGGACGGGACCUGACUUUCCAACCAAAAUAGUCAAGUUCGAGGCUGACCCGGCGUUCGUGCCCAACGACACAACCGAGUUCUUCUCAGCAGCAACGCUCGAACAAUGGAACACGAUGAUGCCCGUCGGCACAGGUUGGGGUGCCGAAACAACAGAAACUUUCUUCACGACCUCCAUGACGCACCAACUCCAUUGCCUCUUUAUGAUGGGCCGCAUCUACGCCGCAUUUACUGGAGGCAUGACUGAAAAGCUCCCGAGCGACUACCACACCCAUUACCUGCAUUGUAUAGAUUAUCUGCGCCAGGGCAUCAUGUGCUCUGCGGAUUUGACGAUGGAGCCGCAUGAGCAGACGGAUCCGGAUGAUAAUGGCCCGAAAGAUGGGAGCUGGAACGGGCAUCAUGUAUGCAAGGAUUACGGGCAUGUCAUCCCGUAUCUAGAGGAACAAAUCGGUGAGGGCAUACGGAAGGUGUUGCCCAUCGACGACUAG